AAAAAACACGAUAAACCCGUCCCAAGGUGACUGACAUUUGUCCCAAAUUGCAGGAGUUUCCGACCCAAUCUGCAAAGUGGAACUUCUAUCAACGAAGCUCCCUAUUUUUGAAUUUUUACACCAAGCUGAGAUUAGAAAAAAGGACAAAAAAAAUUCAAAGGACGUGGUGAGACAUUAAACCAGCGCUAAGGACAAAGGACACAAGGUAUAGAAAAGGACAAGACAUUGCACUUCCAUAGGCGAUAAGAAGGGGGACAUAUUGACAUAGAAGACAUAGAGAGGGACACGGACAAACAUAUAAACAUCGAGACAAAUGCCCUUCAUCCCAAAGCUCAGUGCGACGCUCUCAAGUAACAGCUUGUUAUCACCAUCGUCUUCGAAUGUAAACAAUGCAUCAAGCAAUCAGCCAUUGCAACCUCUAACAUCGGUCACUUCCAACAACAACCUGGCCCAUUCAUCUCAUCCGCCGUUUGAGCUUUCUAUCGACCUGGAGAGUCCACCGAUUAUCCUCUACGGACCUCCUUCAGAGUCCUCAGGCUCUCUAGUUUCAGGCCACCUGUUGAAUGUGAAGGACCACGUGCUGAUCAACUCUGUGCGACUGACCCUCUACCAGAACGUUCACUAUGCCAAACCGUUCUUACCUCCUUCAAACACACUGUCCAAUUGUACGAGCUGUAAGAAGAAGUCUACUGAAUUGGCCAGAUGGGACGUUAUGACACAGGCACAUAACCUCCCAGCUGGCAAACACUCGUACCCAUUCUCUCAUCUAUUGCCAGGAGCAUUGCCUGCCACCACCUGCCUAGGCUCAAGUGGUAUAACUACGAUCAAGUACGAGCUGGUGGCCAUUGUAUCCUACAACACACAUAACAACCAUCAAAACAUCGUCAAGGUUGCGCUGCCUGUGAACAUUGCAAGAUCUGUGCUUAGAGGCCCUGACAGAAACUCGCUGAGAGUGUUUCCUCCGACAGACGUUACUGCUACGGCUGUUCUCCCAAACGUUGUCUAUCCAAAAUCGUCAUUUGCAUUGGAGCUGAAACUAGACGGAGUGUCGUCCUCUGAUAGAAGAUGGAGAAUGAGAAGAGUGGGCUGGAGAAUCGAGGAACAGGUGAAAGUGAAGACCAAUUCAUGUGAAAACCACAAGUCCAAGUUGAAGGUUAUCGAACAGCACUACCGGAAGAACCCAAUGUUGACGAAGAACAACGUGAAGAGAAACCAACAAUCUGGCCCAACAACGUCAUUCUCUGUGUCGAAUGCUGCAUCUUUGACACCAAUGGCUUCUAACAACUUGAGUGCUCAGCAGACGAGAGAAGGUGUCACUCCAACGGUAUCUGCUAGUAACGAGGACCGAAUUGUUGUCAAUGGCUCUAAUGACAAUGACAAUGACGAUCAUAUCUCUUCAACAAACAAUCUGCACCCAAGUGACCAUGCCAAUGAAGAACUACGUCUAUCACAGCUAGCAAAUGCACAGGCCCAAGCAGAGGACUAUUCUCUCUACUCUCAAGAGAUUCGCACAGUGGCAACAGGAGACCUAAGAAAUGGAUGGAAAUCAGACUUCUCAGGUAAGGGUAAGAUUGAGCUUGUUGCUGAUAUCUCGUGCUUCGGAUUAUCAAGUGCUUCUGGUCCUCACCGGACCCACGUCUCUUCUAACAACCCCCUUAACCUCCCACCUGUUCAUCCCACUAUUUCUUGUGAUAUUGACGAUCCUGUGCUGGGUAUCUACUGCUCACAUGUGCUCAUCGUGGAGGUUGUUAUUGCUGAAGAGGUGCUGCAAAACUCAUCGUCAGCGUCUCUAACAACAUCGACUUCUCAUACAGAGUCCUUGAGAAGAGAAGGUAACAGACCUGAUCAAAGACUUGCUGAAUUGUCUCCUGUCUUUGCUAACCACGUUAAGCCAACAAAGACUGAACCAGCUAACUCUUCGCGUAAGCCAGAAGAUCCUUCGAGCAUCAACGCCGUUGUUGGUGUACCUACUGGUUCUGCCCGUGUUCUACGUAUGCAGUUCAAGUUGAACAUAACAGAGAGAUCGGGAUUGGGAAUAGCAUGGGAUGAUGAAGUCCCUCCUAUGUAUGAGGAUGUCUCUGCAUUGUCACCUCCAACUUACGAUACAGCAAUGUCUCCAUACAUAGAUUCACCACAAGUUAGUGGUGCCAAUCCCCCACUCUACCCUCUAAAUGCUGCCCAUACGCACACUGCACACAUCAAUGGAUCAAGCGGUGCUGCUACUCCAGGUGUUAUCUACGGUAUCGGUAAUACACCAGGUAUAACACCAAGACCUUCAGCAAAUUUCCAGAGUCUGAAUGGUGCUUUAGACAUUGAUGAAUUUACACUGAAUUGAUCAAAUUUCAGCUUAGUUUAAUUCUGUUUUAAUCUAACUUAAUUUAAUAUUAUGGACAUUAAGACGUAG